UGUGAAUCGAAACGCUUCUGCAUUUUUCAUUUCUAAGGAGAUAAGUCAUGCUAUUGACCGCCCCUCAAUUCCUGCAAUCUUUUCUUCCCAAGAUUUCUGCAACCAAACCCAUGAAGCCUCCAACCUAUCUUGGUCCUAGUUCUAUUCCUGACACCAACAAAUUCUCUGUUUGUUUUCUGACGUCCAGUAGUGUCUACAACAGAUUCAUUUCCAUGCCCCGUCUCCUGCUGGUGAAAUGUAGUUUGAAAGAGGGAGAUAAUGAGGGUUUGAAGGAUGCGCUAUCUGGUAUAGUUGAUAAGCGAGUAGAACAACUCUUGAACCGAGAGGAGAAUAAGGUUUUGUUAGAUGGGUUGGAGGAGGCGUCACGUAGGGUGGAGAUGGCUAAGAAGGAGCUUGCAGACAUUGAAAGACAGGAACUUGAAGCUGCCCAGUUGAGGGAUUACGUUGUGCAGCUGGAGAACAGAGCUUCCGAGGUUGCUGAAUGCCAGAGGGAACUAUUAGAAGCACAGGCCAUGGUUGAAGAAGCUGAAAGCUUUCUCUCGUCCGACAUGAAUGGCUUCGGAUCCAUUGACAAUGUGGAAAUUGUCAAAGAGGAAGAGAGGUGGGAGUCUAUAAAAGCAGCAUCUGUCUCUGCUGUGGUUGGCACACUUGCAGGUCUUCCAAUUUCCCUUUCUCAAGUUAGCAGCAAUUUCCAGCUUAUACUUCCACUAGCCAUUACUUUCGUUAGCUGUGCUUUAUUUGGAGUUACCUUUCGUUAUACAAUAAGAAGAGACCUGGACAACAUUCAACUCAAAACUGGGACUUCUGCUGCUUUUGGCAUUGUUAAAGGCCUUGCUGCACUGGGGGCUGGUCCACCUUUGGAAUUAGAUGUUGGGAGCUUCUUGUCACAUGCUGUUGAUGGUGCAGUCUGCAUAUCUGAGAAUCUUUUGGUCUUUGUUUUUGCCUCUAUUGGUCUGGAUUACUGCUUUAAGAUGAAGUUGUUGAGUCCUUUUCCAAUUCAAAAAUCCAUUUCACAAAACAGUGCAACGUGACAAUUCCUUAUUCUGGAGUUUGGGUAGAAUUUGUAUCUCUAAAACGAAAAUC